CAGCAUAUGAAGGAUCUGCUGUCGGUCUCAACUGCCAGAAAGAGAUGAGUGUGUAUUAUUAUAUAUACUCUGUCGCAUCCCUCCCAGGAGAGAUUUUACUUGGACUAGCUGAAGGAAAGACAGACAGGAUUCUGGUGGUGUGGCCGGGGUCCAAGCACAUGCGCCGUCGAUACGCGUACGCCAAGUACUUACAGGACAGGUUGGCCAGUGGUAACGGAACAACACAGCAUGAUGAUUCAACAAUAUUAUCAUCACAGUACCAUAUCACCUACUCUUAUUAUUCCCUCAAUCUGAGGAUAUCUACCAAGCUUCUCCCAUUACUCUACUCUCUAAUUGCCGAUGCAGUGACCGGAGAGUGACAUGAGAGCUGUAUAGCUAUUAGCAGUACAGACAGAAAGUGGUGAUGACAAAUAUUACGGUCACGCGUAAGUUUCGGUCUUGUCCCGUUCCGUUCCCGUUUCGUCCUCGUUUCUUUCCUCCAGCCUUUCGCUCUUCGCUUUCUCCCUCUCUCCACGCUGAAAUUUAAAAGAUACCUCUCGCUGUCCUCUUUCCUUGCUGUCCUCCCCUCCUCCCCGUUCUCCCAUCGUCUGAGGACCACAAGCCAUCGUGUCUUUCCUCCCAGAUCCGUAUUCUGGUUUCUUUUUACCGGAAUAUUCGACUCUGCCAGCUGGGAUCAUGGGGCGGACCGUCGACCAGGAGGUUCACGCCGCGUUCGUCGAGUUCCGCGCCAAGGAAGACGAUAAGUGCCUUUCCGUCCAGUGUAUCUACUGCCAGCAGAUUCGCGCAAAGAACACCUCGCGUCAGAAGCAGCAUCUUCUCGAGUGCCCCGGUCUUCGCGGCCAUCCCAACGCUCCUCAGCCUACCUCACAGCCUGCCCAGGCCGGCCCCAAUGGCAUCGCUGCCGCAAAUGGCUACGCUGCCACCCCCAACGGUGCUGGCCCAGGGCCUGGAGCUGGCCCCGGUGGUCCUGGUUCCCUCUCCGCUGCCAAUGGCGCGGCCCUCAUGUCGAAUGGUGUGAAUCCGCAUACCGGUGCUCUGCAGACUCCGCUGCAGAGCAUGCAGGGUCGUCCUUCCCUCUCUACGCCCGGUGCUUCUACCGUGUCGGCUGCUUCUUCUGGUCCUGUUCAGGCGCCAGCACGCCCGACUCCUAAGACCAAAUCCAAAGUGAACAAUUCCAACCUGCCUGCUCCGCCCCUUGAUGAUGUCCAUGCUGCUUUUGUUGAAUUCCGUGCGAAGGAAGAAGACAAGUGUCUUUCCGUCCAAUGCAUAUAUUGCCAGCAGGUCCGCGCGAAGAAUACAAGCAGGCAGCGCCAACACCUUCUCGAAUGUCCCACCUACCUCAGUCUCAUGAAGGAUUCGAUCCCAGCCAACAACCUCCUACACACUUUCCCCGAAGGCGAUAUUGCCCGAUCUCUCCAAAUUCCUGCCCCCAGCCUUGAACUGGACUUCCGCAUGAGCAUAAAGCUGAACCCCAAGGUCACUGUUGGACCCAGCAUUUGGGGACAAAGGGAUUGGGUUUCAUUCAUGGGUGGCCAGUGGGCUGGUCGAUGGGGAAAGGGAAUUGUGUUGCCCGGCGGACAAGACUCCCAGGUCAUGCUGAAGGAUUCUGUCACUAGUCUCCGCGCAAGCUAUAUGCUUCAGACUGCCGAUGAUCCCCCGGCGUUCAUCAUCGUCAAGACCAGCGGAUGGUUAACCGGCUCCAAGGAAAUGCUGGAGAAACUUAAUGAUCCCACCGUGGCAGACGCUGUCAAUCCUAGCAGCUACAAAUAUCGCGUCCAUCUUUCCAUGGAAACCGGAGAUGACCGUUAUGCCUUUUUGAACACAUCGAUGUGGAUUGCUAGCGGCUGCUGCAGGUCUCAAGAAGAAGUAAUCUUUGACGCAUUCCGCGUCAACUAAUACCGUUGACUGUCUAUCUUUCCGUCGCUUUUUCGUCCGUUUUUGAGCGAGUCUUAUCUGGUUCUAUUCGCCAUGGGGAAUUUGGUGUUUUUUUUUAUUUAUUUUCCCUGAAAUUUCCAAUCGAAAAAUGUGGUGCAGUCAAACUUCAGUGUAUCUGUUCAUUCUUCUUUCCGACGGACGAUCUGCUCGUCUUGUUCUUCUUUAACCUUAGUCACCCUGUUCGUUUGGGAUCCGCAUUCCCGACUCCCAAAUCACACUUCUCGAGCUCGAGCUUUCGAGAGAACGAUGGAUGCCCCAUGCUUCUGACAUAGCAUAGCUUUUCACGGCCGUUUAUCUUUCCCAUCAAGGUGCCUGGGACAUUAUUCCUUUUGCAGUCACCGCUCCUUUUUUCAUUUUCCUUUUUUGUUUUCAAAGCGAACUAAUAAGGAUAUCCCGUGAUUAUGAUUUUCCAAGGAGUCUGGUUCUGUUCAAUCUAGUUCAGCUGCCUUGCUAUUUGGAUGAAGGCUUCAGGUUUCACAAAACAAAGAACAAAGUACAGUACAAUCGUUACUGGUAGUUGUACGUGUACUCUGUAUGUAUUAAGGUAUCUUAUUUGAUCAUCGGGUAUUCGUACAGUCAAGGGAUAGGGCAGUAGGGAUAUUGCCAUCUGGAACUCUUCAUAUUAAAGAAUCCAGGGUCCUGCUGCACUUGGUUUACUCGAAGAUCGGCCUGAAUUGGCAUUUGCUCUUAGUUAUUCAAUUAUAUUUAAUGAACGAACCUGAG